CCAAUCAUUGCGCUUGUUAGAGAAGGCGCGUCCACGAAGGAAUAAGCGUUGCUGCGGGAGAAGUAGCUAGCCACUGAGAGAAGCAGAAAAGAGAUCAUCGCAGUGAAGAUGGCGAGAGGUAUGCGGGGACUAAGGAGAGCGGUAUUAGAAUGUAUAAAAAAGUUACCCGUCACAGCCAGCCGAGAAACACCUAAAAGGAUUGGCGUAAGAUAUCUCUCCUCAUGUGGGAUCCUGAUGAUGAGGGUGCCACCCCUCCUGGGGGUCAUGCCCACGUCCAGAGUCAUCGUGGCCCCCACCCGCUCCUUCUUCAACCUGGCUGACACCUUCAACAAGAGGAAGGAGUACUCUGAGAGACGCGUCAUGGGGUACUCUAUGUUGGAGAUGUAUGAAGUGGUAGCUGGGGUGGAGAACUACCUUCACUUCGUUCCCUGGUGUAAGAAGUCUGACGUGGUGUUCCGGCGCUCAGGGUUCUGUAAGGCCAAGCUGACUGUUGGCUUCCCCCCGGUAGUGGAAAACUACACCUCGCUGGUCACCACAGUGCGCCCCCACCUGGUCAAGGCUGCCUGUUCAGACGGUAAGCUCUUCAACCACCUGGAGACGGUGUGGCGCUUCAGCCCUGGCCUCCCAGGCUACCCUCGCACCUGCACGGUUGACUUCUCUAUCUCCUUUGAGUUCCGCUCCCUGCUGCAUUCCCAGCUGGCCACGGUUUUCUUUGACGAGGUGGUGAAGCAGAACGUGUCGGCGUUUGAGAGGCGGGCCGGGAAACUGUACGGAGCACAGACCAUGAUCCCCAGAGAGCUCAUGUUUCAUGAGGUGCACCACACGUAGCGUGCCCCAACGGGUCAUCCUCUCUCUGCGCACACACACAUGCACACAGUCAGCCAUGGCAGGGAGAGAGUGAAGGGAGGGGGAAGAGGUUAAAUGCCUGAACACUGCAGUGCCUUAUCAGAAAACAACCAAUGAUUUUAUACCCAUUAACUGCUGGUGGCUGGAUUCUGUCCACUUCCCUACCCCCCAGAAUACCCCUCUCCCCAGACUUACAUCACUCUUCCUCCCCCCUAUUCCACCAUAGACCCCUACUGGUGCCUUCUCACCCCAAAGAAACCAUCAGCACCUCUGGCCAGUAGGCACACCUCAGAGCUUAGUGCUGUCCCCAUGCGGUGAGCACAUGGCUCAUAAUAGCCCUCUUGUGGAGAUAUAAAAACUCUUCUACUAAGGCCUAAAUAAAGUCAGUUUAUAGUGAAA